AUGGAGUCCGCGAUUUCCCGCUCGCUCCAAUCGCUGCCAAUCUCCAGCAAUCGCUUCAAGCUCUCGAAUCCCCGCGGCAUUCGCUCUACCAGAUUGAGCAAGGCGCCGGCGGCAGCUAACAAUCCCGAGACUUUCCUGUCCGCGGAAGAGGCCGGAUUGAUCGAAAUGUCGGGGCUGGGCAUUCACGAGCGCUUCCUCGCUCGCCUCACGGUUUCUUCGUUGAAUUUGCUCAAGGUGAUAGCCAAACAAGAAGGGCGAUCGAUGGAGAGCCUCAACGCGGGAAUUAUCUGCGACUGGUUUGUCAAAGACAAAGCCAAAGGGAUGGAAUCCGCCACCCUCAAGUGGGGGGAAGAGGAAGACGCUCUGCCCUAGACCGAGGAUUCUACCACCUUCCAGAAAACUUUCAUGCAAAAGGUGGAAUUGCAGAAUAUGAUGACUUUGCUGCCACCGCCGAUGCAUGCAAACUUUGCAAAGGUGGUGGAAUUUAGAGUUUUGCAGAGCCUUGAAUGCAGUGUCGGCGUACAAAUAUGAUGAACUUCCCAAA